UCGACAGCGCUGGACGUGCAGAUGAUGGAGGAGGAAGAAGAAGAAGAAGAAGAAGAAGAGGGCGAAGAAUCGCUUCACAAUACGUGGGAUGAAAUCAUGUCGAUAGCAUCGGCCGCUAGCGAUCGCAGUGUCUACGGCGAUGAUGAUGAUGACCGCUCCACCAUGUCCAGCGCUUCUAACGAGCGCUAUCGAUUUGUAGAUCCGUUGGAGGUUGCUGGCUACGAUAACCAUAUUGCACCGGACAACGCACGGCCUCCGCAGGAGCACGACGACGCUGAAGAACCGGUGCUAUGGGUUCGUAGGAACGGCGUGUACGAGGUAGCGGAUGCCGACGAAGCGGCCGAUACAUUGGCGGGGCGCGAUGGGGCCCCGAGCGCAGCGGACAGAUCUUACACGCACGAGGCAGAGCAUAAGUGCUCCAACAAAUGCGCUAGAUGCUUCGGAAAACCACCUUGCGAUUCGGCCUCCCCACAUUGCAUUGUCGCGAGUGCCAUAGUAAACAGAAGGGAAAAGAAAAGUGUGUGCCAGACCGUUCGCAGCUAUCCGCAAUGUCUUAGACCUCUUCAAGUAACGUCUCGUAAGCACUCUUGCGAUAAGGUGUAUCGCAGCGUCUGCAGAAGUGUUAAUGUCUAA